AUCUGGGACUUCAGAGCGUGACAGCUGGAAGCAGGAGUUGGGUACCUACUGACCCCAGCAAAAGAAGCCGGACCCCGGCUGUGCCAUAGGCAAGGCAGCGGAGAUGAGCUUGCUCCAUGGACUGCCCUAGAGCUCACAUCUGACAGAUCAAGAUUUUCUCCCCAGCUAGACCCCAGCCUGUGGGUUGCCAAGGGAGCCUGUCUGGGGAGGGCACAAUGUCCUCCUUCCCGUUCUGCGCUCUGCUGGUGCUGCUCCUGCCGGGAUUGCUGCCUGCCACUCUCACCUGCCCGCCACAGUGUGUCUGCGAGACUCGCCCGUGGUUCACGCCACAGUCAGUCUACCACGAGGCCCGUACAGUGGACUGCAAUGACCUGCUGCUCACCCGAGUGCCAGGGAAUCUCUCUUCAGACACCCAGGUUCUCCUGCUGCAGAGCAAUAAGAUAUCCAGCGUCAGCGGGGAGCUGCAGCACUUGCUCAACCUGACUGAGCUUGACCUCUCACAGAACCACUUCUCCAGAAUCAGCGAUACCGGGUUAGCUAACCUCUCGCGCCUCAUUACGCUUUACUUGGAGGAGAACCAGGUGGAGGAGCUACCUGACCACUGUUUGCAUGACCUCACGUCACUUGAGGAACUUUACAUAAACCACAACCGCAUCUCUUCCAUCGAGCCAUUGGCCUUUGCUGGUUUGAGCAGCCUACUUCGGCUACAUCUCAAUGCCAAUCAUCUCCGUGUCAUUAACCAUCGCUGGUUCCUCUCUCUCCCCAAUUUGGAGAUCCUGAUGAUUGGAGAGAACCCCAUCUCGCAGCUAGAAGGGGGCAGCUUCCAGCCACUGGGACGGCUUCACAGCCUCGUCUUGGCUGGGAUGGAGCUAAGUGAAGUACCUGCUGAUGCUUUCCGGGGGCUGGAUUACCUGGAAAGUUUGUCCUUCUAUGACAACCAUCUUCCACAUGUUCCCACCAAGGCACUGAAGGGCCUUCCUCUCCUGAAGUUCCUGGAUCUCAACAAGAACCCCAUCACAGAAGUUCGGACAGGGGACUUCAAGGACAUGCUGCACUUGGAGGAGCUGAGCCUCAACAGCAUGGAGGAUCUGACCAGCAUCCACAAAGGCGCUUUUGAGAAUCUCCCGGAGUUGGCAAAGCUCGAGCUGUGCAACAACCCGCGUCUCUCCUACUUGCACCCUGGAGCCUUCUGGGAGGUACCAGCUCUUCGCACCAUUCUGGCCAGCAAUGCGGCCCUCAGUCUCUUCCCUUUAGGCCUGACAGGGGCCUUGCCAGCUUUGGCAGAGCUCAGUCUCUACGGAAACCCACUACGCUGUGAUUGCUCAGAAGCCUGGCAGCCGUUGGCCAUGGGACAUGUCCGGUUGAUUGAAUCCCAAACCACGCUCUGCACCCUGCCUUCGGAAGCCGCUGGGCAACAGCUCCAAGAAGAGCUAAAAGGUGUCAUGGAAGGGUCAUGCCUGCCAGAAAUCUCCUCCAAGGAUCUCUCCGAGAGGCUGGAGGUAUCGGCCGGCUUGACAACAGCUCUGGAUUGCCCAGCCAGCUCGGAGCCGCCACCGCAGUUCCACUGGAUAACGCCAUCGGGGGAGAAAGUCACCACAGGGUCUGGGAGGCUCCAUCUGAGGAUAGGGGGAACUCUAGAGAUCAGUGCCACCAGCCCAGCAGACUCAGGAGUCUACACUUGCGUGGCGUGGAAUGGGCUGGGCUCUACCAGCCGCAGUGUGGUCCUUGCUGUGACGGAAGACAGACCCAUUGCCCCCAUCCAGCUGCUUGUCCUUGCUAAGAAGGUUCAGUCACAUUUUGUGGUGGUGGAAUGGACGACAUCCUUUGCGGAGGGGAGGAUGAGAGAGAGGAGUGGUGAGUCCUCCACAGCCCACCCACCUCCUCCACUGCUGCCGUGGUCGUCAGCUACCAUGCGAAUCCAUAAUCCCCACCUGAGCUACACAGCACGAGUCCCUGUGGGCAUCAAGGAGUUCAACCUCACACACCUGCAGCCAGCCACCCGCUAUGAGAUUUGCCUUACUGUUGUGUCCUCUGUUCCCAGGUCCUCAGCCGCUGCUGGUUACGUGGAUGUCCCCCCAUCCUUGGGGACCUCCACCAGCUCUUGGGAAGCUGCCUUAGCAACCCCACAUGCUUCUGCAACUUCUCUGGGUUCCUGGGCAACCCAAGAAGGGUCUUCUGCCUCUUCUGUGGGUCAUCUGACAACCCCGGUUUCUUUGGCAGUUUCCAAGGGCUCCUCAGCACCCCCAACAAGCCCCUUGGCAACCUCUGCCAUGACACCACCUCUUCUGCAGCUGCCCCGCACCCAGCGCUCCUGCCUCAAUGUCACCACCAAGGAGGCCUCGCUGGCAGUGGAGCUGAUGGGAGGUUGGGCUGGAGGGGCGGCCUUGGCUGCCGUCACCGGCUCCUUGCUGGCGGCCCUGAGUGCAGUGCUGCUGCUUCUCUGCGCCUCACGGCGACUCAAGGAGAAAGGCUGCCGCCAUUCGCUCAAGAAGUACAUGCAGCAUGCGGCGGCCAUCCCGCUCAACGAAGUCUACCCGCCCCUCAUCAGCUUGUGGGAUGCUGAGGGGGACCCACCCCUGCCCAUGGCACCGCUGGCACCACCCAUGUCAACUCCGCCCCCUCCUCCAGCCACAGGAGGGGGGCACCCUCUCCUGCUGCCCCCUCCACCAGGCCAGAUUGACACGUCCAAGACCUACCUGUGGCAACAGGCGUGAAGGAAACAGGCGGCAGGUGGGCACAUGUGCCUCGGCCUCCUGCUCCUGGUGGAAGAACUCCCUUCCCCAUGGAUUUUAGGGUAUGGGGCUUCCCAAUCCAUGCCCUUUCCCCCCACUUUUCUUCCUUGCACACCCACCUUUGCAUACACCGCCUCUAGAGAGCACCAGGAAGCUGGGUGUUUAUUCUUUAGUCAAGGUCUCACUGUGUAGUCGUAGCCAAAUAAGGAGGGGAGUGUAGCAGGUGGAUGACAGAGCCCCUGGGACAGGGUAGCCCCUGGGGGGCAAGGGGGGAGAGAGAUGAGUUUUUGAAUAAAGCUGUGGUAUUAAAGAACACAGAGAGUGUUUGGGUGUGUGUUGGUUGGGGAGGAAGCCAACACAGAACAUCCCCGUGCAAGCUGUGAAAUGCAUCCAUCUUACCCAAGGUAAAAAAAGAAGUUGCUUUUAGAAACUAAGGUUGAGAUGCUUCCCUCUUGUGGGCAUUUGGGGAUUAACAGGCCAAUUUCUCCAGCUGGGCUGGACUGCCGCUUCAGUUUCAGAAGGAAGGGGUGAGAGAGACCUUA